UGUGGCGAGGCGGGCGGGCAGCGCUCCGCUCCCGGUGCCGCUGCCGAUCCCGCUGCCGCCAUGCCGCCGCCCCGCCGCCUCUCCCCCCUCCUCCUCCUCCUCCUCUCCUUCUUCCUCCCCGCGCUGCUGCUCCGCCGGGCGCUGGCCGCCGCAGGGCUGGAGUACAGCGAUGUGCUGCCCGACUCCUUCCCGUCGGCGCCGGCGGAGACGCUCCCACACUUCCUGCUGGAGCCGCAGGACGCCUACAUCGUGAAGAACAAGCCCGUGGAGCUCGUGUGCCGCGCCAACCCCGCCACGCAGAUCUACUUCAAGUGCAAUGGAGAGUGGGUCAACCAGAACGACCACGUCACCAAGGAGAGCCUGGACGAGGUCACCGGGCUGCUGGUGCGGGAGGUGCAGAUCGAGGUGUCCCGGCAGCAGGUGGAGGAGCUGUUUGGCCUGGAGGAUUACUGGUGCCAGUGCGUGGCCUGGAGCUCGGCGGGCACCACCAAGAGCCGCCGGGCUUACGUCCGCAUCGCCUACCUACGGAAGAACUUUGAUCAGGAGCCGCUGGGCAAGGAGGUCCCACUGGAGCACGAGGUGCUGCUGCAGUGCCGCCCACCCGAGGGGGUCCCACAGGCUGAGGUGGAGUGGCUGAGGAACGAGGAUGUCAUCGAUCCCACCCAGGACACCAACUUCCUGAUCACCAUCGAUCACAACCUCAUCAUCAAGCAGGCCCGGCUGCUGGACACUGCUAAUUACACCUGCAUGGCCAAGAACAUCGUGGCCAAGCGCCGGAGCACCACGGCCGCUGUCAUCGUCUACGUGAAUGGUGGCUGGUCCACCUGGUCUGAGUGGUCUCCGUGCAAUAACCGCUGUGGCCGGGGCUGGCAGAAGCGCACCCGGACCUGCACCAACCCCGCACCCCUGAACGGCGGCUCCUUCUGCGACGGGCAGCCCUUCCAGAAAAUCACCUGCACCACCCUCUGCCCAGUGGACGGCGCGUGGACGGAGUGGAGCAAGUGGUCGGCGUGCAGCACCGAGUGCACCCACUGGCGCAGCCGCGAGUGCGCGGCCCCUGCGCCCCGCAACGGCGGCAAGGACUGCAGCGGGGUGCUGCUGGACUCCAAAAACUGCACCGACGGCCUCUGCCUGCACAAUAAAAGAAUUCUAAACGAGCCCAAAAGCCACCUGCUGGAGGCCACGGGCGAUGUGGCCCUGUAUGCCGGGCUGGUGGUGGCCAUUUUCGUCUUCAUCGUGAUCCUCAUGGCCGUGGGGGUGGUGGUGUACCGGAGGAGACGCCGGGAUUUCGACACGGACAUCACGGACUCCUCGGCCGCUCUGACCGGAGGGUUCCACCCUGUCAACUUCAAGACAUCCCGGCAUGACAACCCUCAGCUGCUGCACCCUUCGAUGCAGCCGGACCUGACGGCCAGCGCGGGCGUGUACCGCGGCCCCAUGUACGCCCUGCAGGACUCCUCCGACAAGAUCCCCAUGACCAACUCGCCCCUGCUGGACCCCCUGCCCAGCCUCAAGAUCAAGGUGUACAACUCCUCCACCGCCUCCUCCUCCUCGCCGGGGCUGCACGACGGCGCGGACCUGCUGGGGGGAGGCCCCGCCACCGGCACCUACCCGGGGGACGCCGCCAGGGACGGCCACUUUGCCAACGUGCGGAGCAAAGGCCUGGGCUCCCAGCACCUCCUCAGCCUGCCCCGGGAGCACGGCUACAGCGCCAGUGGCACCUUUGGCUACCUGGGGGGAAGGCUCACCGUGCCGGGCACAGGGGUGAGCCUGCUGGUGCCCCACGGGGCCAUCCCCCAGGGGAAGUUCUACGAGAUGUACCUGGUGCUCAACAAGGCUGAGACCGCCCUGCUGCCCUCUGAGGGCACACAGACAGUGCUGAGCCCGGCAGUGACCUGUGGGCCUACGGGCCUGCUCCUGUGCCGCCCUGUCGUCCUGACCAUUCCCCACUGCGCCGACGUCGGCUCCUCGGAUUGGAUCUACCAGCUGAAAACACAGUCCCACCAGGGAAACUGGGAGGAGGUUGUGACCCUGGAUGAGGAGACCCUCAACACUCCCUGCUACUGCCAGCUGGAAGCCAAGUCCUGCCACAUUUUGCUGGACCAGCUUGGCACCUACGUCUUUGUGGGGGAGUCCUACUCCAGGUCAGCCAUCAAGAGGCUCCAGCUGGCCAUCUUUGCCCCCACCGUCUGCACCUCCCUGGAGUACAGCCUCAAGGUCUACUGCCUGGAGGACACGCCAGAUGCUCUGAAGGAGGUGCUGGAGCUGGAAAGGACAUUGGGAGGGUACCUGCUGGAGGAGCCCAAGCCCCUGCCCUUCAAGGACAGCUACCACAACCUGCGCCUCUCCAUCCACGACAUCCCCCACGCGCUGUGGAGGAGCAAACUGCUGGCCAAGUACCAGGAAAUCCCCUUCUACCACAUCUGGAGCGGCAGCCAGCGAGCGCUGCACUGCACCUUCACGCUGGAGAGGUACAGCCAGGCCUCCACCGAGCUCACCUGCAAGAUCUGCGUCCGGCAGGUGGAAGGGGAAGGGCAGAUCUUCCAGCUCCACGUCACGCUGGGAGAGCACGGCAGCUCCUCCGACACCCUCCGCUCCCACCACAGCGGGGCCACCACCACCACCACCACCACCCAGGUGGGACCCUACGCCUUCAAAAUCCCCCUCUCCAUCCGGCAGAAGAUCUGCAACAGCCUGGAUGCUCCCAACUCCAGGGGAAACGACUGGAGACUUCUUGCCCAGAAGCUUUCCAUGGACCGGUAUCUGAACUACUUUGCCACCAAAGCCAGCCCCACCGGGGUGCUCCUGGACUUGUGGGAAGCCGAGCACCAGGACGACGGCGAUCUCAACACCCUGGCCAGUGCCUUAGAGGAGAUGGGCAAGAGCGAGAUGCUGGUGGUCAUGGCCACGGAGGGGGACUGCUGAUGGUGCUCCCCACACCUGGGGGGCCGGGAGGACGAAGCAGGGGGUGAGGAAGGGUCCUCCCCCGAUGGCAGGGGGAGGCACAUCCGUCCUGAGCGGGGAGGGGCCGAGGCCGGCGCUUCUCCCGCAUCACUGUCAGCCUUAGAGACCCAUCCUCAGCGUUUACAAGCAAUUCAAGUGUUAAACAGCAUUCCUCCUCAAGGCACGGGGAGGAAUUAGGGCUUCUUGAGUUGGGAUGGGGGCUUUCCUUUUCCUUCUUCUUUUUGGGUUCCCUUCCUCCUCCUGUAAUUGCAUUUCUGCGUUGAAGAGACGAAUACAAUCCAGGCUUAACUUCUGUCAAAGGCUUCAGGCAGCUUAACGAGGCAAAUAGGAAAGAAAAAAAAGUUAAAAAAAAAAAAAAGUUUCUUAGGAAACGCAAAUAAUUUAUUAUCCAGAUCUUUGGAUGUGUCCUUUUUAAAAAAAAGAAAAAGAAAAAAAAAAAAAAGACAGAUUUAUAAAUCUUUUUUUUUUUUUGGUGUGCGAGGGCAAGAGCGUUGCUGUGGUCAGGGUGGCAGAGAGAGAGAUUUCAAUGGACACACUUUUGUAAGGAAAAACGUGUGAUCCAAGUUGAGAAAAAUGUGUUUACAUGUCCUGGGACCCCUAGGGAGUCUGGAGGGUGAAGUGCCUCUCCUCCCCACUGGUUCAGGGCCAGCUCAGACCCUCCCCAAGGCUUUUGUCCUUGCAAGCUCCCUUUUCCCUGGCAGCAGGAAUGAUGGGUCCCACUCCACCUGCAAGGAGGGAUGAGGGAUGAUGCCCUCUAUUUAGGGUUCAGGGUGGGGAGAGUGCAUCCAGAUGUGGGUAUUUGUAAUGAAUUCUUCCCUGGCAUGGUUUGGGGGAGCUUUUUAGGAUGACUACGCCUUCAUUUACAUAACUUCAGUACAAACCAAAGAUUUCAGUCCUGCGCCAACCUCCGGACUCGAGGCUAAAGGGGGAGAUGUUGUAAACCCAGCAGGAUUUUGUGGUGAGCACCCCCAAACCUGGGCUUGGGGGUCAGAGGGAGGCGAUGAGGGGGCGUGGAGGGGUCAGAGGAGAGCAGGGCCUGGGAUGUGGCCAGGCCUCCGCUUCAGGUCCCUGCACUCCUGCCUGGAUUUUGAUGCAGUGUUUCAGCACGGAUUCAGGGAGGUGUCCCUGAAUGUCCUCUGGUGUCCCCAGGCUGCGAGCCAGGCUGAGCAUUUUCACACGAGGGGAUGGCAGUGCGUGAGCAGUGCUCAGGUUUCCAUCCCUCACUGCAGCUCCUCUUUUUCCUUGGAAUAGGCUUUCUGUAGCAAUGGAGAAGCUGUGGGGUGAAUGGAAAGCAAUCGAGUGGUAGGCAGGAACGAGGUUCCUCACACCAGAUACGGUGUCAUGAUGAAGGUAAAAAAUUUAGGUUGCCUGCAGGUAGAAAUAGUUACUCACUGAGUGCUGUAUCUUAGAAAUGUGUCUGUUUAAAAAAAAAUAAAAUAAUGAAAUAGGAAGGGGGUGGUAAGCUCAGGAUUAGACUAGGUCACACAGCCAGGCUGUGGAUUCUCCAUCGGUGGAAGUAUUAGGAGCAUGUCCUGCUCUGGGCUGCAGAGCCCUGGAUCAGCGUCGUGGAAUGCCUGUGUCACCCCACAAAGUGCUGGGCACAGGAGCACACUCAGGGAGCCUGGAGAGCAUCACCUGCACCGGGCAGCUCGGGAGGAGCUUUCAGUAUUGCUGGGACAUGACAGGAUUCCUCUGGGCAGCUCCUGAGGCACUGAAGCACAGAGCUGCUGCCUGAUGUGUCUCAGGGUCCCUGGGGUUCACUUCUUGCUGGGCUUUCAAGGCUGUGGGAGGGAAGGGAACUUUUCCCCUUGUGCUGGAUGGGGAAAACUGCUGCUGGGUGAGCUCCUGUGUCACGUGGGAAGGGCCUUAUCCAACUUUUGGGUUGAAUUUGACCAUUUCCGAGACCCUCUGAGCUAAGGAAGAAUAAGCAAAUUUGGAGAGCAAUUAAGACUUGAUGGAUCAAGCCAGCUGCUUGUGGUCUCGAGCGCUCCUUUCCCAGUUCCACGGUAUUCUCUGAGGGAUGAGAUGCUCUUUCAGGUCACCUGGGAAUCUCUCUCGCUCCCAUUCUCUGGUUUAUGGAUCACUGCACCGGGAUGUGGGUCUGUCCAUCCAUCCAUCCCUCCGUCCUGCCCGCGGGUGCCUCUCUCCAUCUCCAUCUGUGUUCAUCUUCCCCUUCCUUUGGGCAGGCAGCAGCCACCUGGCUGGGCUGAAGUGCAUGUUUGGGGAGAUUCUCCCCGUUUUUCUGACCAGGGAACCUGCAGCAGGAGCAGGCCAGGGAGGAUGCAGGGCUUGUCUCCAGCUCCCAGGAGCCCUCCACACCUCCCUCCACGCCCAGGGGUUUCUCCAGCCAGGCAUUUUGGCAAAGGCAGCCCCCGUGGUCCGUGUCGUGCUGACAGUGUCCAUCUCUCCCUCCAAAAUGUGUUUCCAUAUUUAUAUGUCCAGGGGAUGGGCCCGGUGGCAUCCUCUAAACCCGCGUCCGUUCAUUCUGUAAACUAAAGAACUGUAAAUAAAGUUUAGCAUUCCUAUUGUAACAAAUUAAUUUUUAUGCAAUAAAUUAUAUU